CACAUAUGUACAACACUUCGUAAAAUGCCUGCAUCAAUCGAUUGUCUCAUUGGCCUAGAACAAUUUAGAGCUCACGAUCGUGCAGGGCAAUUCGUGAUGAGUGACGGAUGAGGCGCGGAUUGCGGCUCUGUUCGGUAAGCUUAACUCUCCCCGCUCGAUAUCGCAAACAUGUGACGGUGUAAAACAGCUGAGGCUCACCACCAAGGGCUCAGACUGCGCUUGCCCUGUCGUGUUAUUAUACCUCUCAUUGUAUGCAGACCAUGUCGUCUUCUCCAUAUCGUAUCGCUGUGCCAGAGUCACGUCUCGAAGACUUGCAGAAGAGGCUUGACCUGGCAACUUUUCCUGAUGAGCUCGAGGAUGCAGAAUGGGCUUAUGGAAGCCCUCUGGCCGAUGUCAAGAGGCUUAUCUCCUACUGGAAGACCAACUUCGAUUGGAGAAAGCAGGAGGCAAAGCUGAAUGAGUUGCCGAAUUUCAAAGCCAAUGUCACCGUUGAUGGCUUUGGAGACACUGCGCUUCACUUCUUGCACCAGCCAAGCUCUGCGCCAGAUGCGGUCCCCCUACUUUUCGUUCACGGCUGGCCCGGCAGCUACAUUGAGGUGACCAAGAUGCUGUCAUCAUUGUCAGGAGAUGCCAAUGGUGUAAGUUUCUCCAUCGUAGCCCCGUCUCUUCCAAACUACGCCUGGAGUGCAGGAAUCAAGAAGAAGGGAUUUGGACUUGGUCAAUACGCUGAGGCAUGCCACCGCCUAAUGAAGCUGCUUGGUUAUGAGAGAUACGUCACUCAGGGCGGAGACUGGGGAAUGUUUGUCACUCGCUCGAUCGGAUUGCUCUACCCAGAGUCUUGCUUGGCUUCCCACAUCAAUAUGGUUCGAGCAUAUCCUCCAGAGUGGUCUUCCAAUCCGCUGCUAGCCAUUCAGCAUGCAGUGACUCCAUACACCGAAGACGAACAUCAAGGAAGGUCCAGAAGUGACUGGUUUGCCAACGAGGGCAGUGGUUACAGGGCAAUUCAGAGUACUAAACCUCAGACUGUGGGUUAUGCCCUUGCAGACAGCCCCGUCGCAUUGCUCGCCUGGAUUUAUGAGAAGCUUCAUGAUUGGACUGACAACUACCCUUGGACCGAUGAUGAGAUCUUGACCUGGAUUUCGAUUUAUUGGUUCUCGGAAGCCGGUCCUGCAGCAUCCUUGAGAAUAUACUAUGAGGCCACGCACACAUCAACAGAGGCAAAUCGUGAACGUGUCCAGCACUGGAUUGGAGGUGUCAAGCUUGGAUUGUGCUAUGCGCCUAAGGUAUGUGAAUAUAUUCGUGGUUCCUUCAACUCGUUUCCCAGAUCUAGCCCAAUCAGCACAAGUUGAUCAGCAUUUCGGAUCCGCCUGCCGAGCCCAUGCUCUGUACAAGAGGCUGACCACGCUCCCCACAGGAGCUCACCAUCGUCCCGCGAACCUGGGGAAAGACCCUCGGCCCAGUUGUGUUCGAGAGCGAGAAGAAACGUGGAGGCCAUUUCCUUGCC